AUGGGGAUUCGAUGUGGACCCGCGCAUUCUCUGUUCUUGGAGGGUGGCUACUACGGCUUCACACCCAAGACGCUGGUGUCCCACUAUGCCACUGUCUGGAUGCGACUAAUGAAAACCGGAGACCCAACACUGUUCUACAAGUACUACAGAAUGACGCCUGAAACUUUUGAGAAGCUGCACAGCUUAGUAGAUGAUCACCUAACAAAACAAUGGUUGUGCAGAAAGCCGAUAUCCUCCGGAGAACGUCUCGCUAUGUGUCUGAGGUACCUGGCCUCGGGUAUGUCCAUUCCUGAUGUUGCCAUGGCGUUUCGCGUGGGGAUAGAGACGGCCAGAGAAGCCAUUCAUUCAACGAGCCGUGUCUUGUGGGAAGUGCUGUCUCCACUGUACAUGCAGCCUCCAAGUGAAGCCCAGUGGCGAGAUAUUGCUGAAGGUUUCUGGCAACGCUGGCAAUUUCCCAACUGCCUUGGGGCAGUGGAUGGAAAACAUGUACAGAUCAAGUGCCCGAAUAAGUCGGGAAGCUUGUACUUCAACUAUAAGCAUGUUGCGUAA